UUUAUAAACAAAACCACUUUCUUUAUUUUAUUGUCUUUGUUACGAUUCCGAUUUUUUUUUUCAACUUUACAACAAAUCACUGACUGAAACUCAGACCAAAUCCCAGCGAGCGCAAAAUCAGACAGGAUCAGAUCCUGCUGACUCAUCACCAUCUACAUAAUAAUUAAUCAGCAUCAUCAUCACCAUUAUCAUUAUCAUUAUCAUUAUCAUUAUCAUUAUCACUAUUAGAAGGGUAUUUGUAUAAAAUAACUAAAUGUAAAGAAAACUACAGGUUUUACAUGGCUGAUUUUCCAGAGAAGGGAAGAAAGCGUCGCAAAGAGGUAAGAGUUGGUAAUGAAGAAAACAUGGAGAAGAUAAUGCACAGAGAAGUUGAGAAACAUAGGAGACAAGAGAUGGCUUCUCUUUACGCGUCUCUUCGCUCUCUUCUCCCUCUUGAGUUCAUCCAGGGAAGACGUUCUACGUCAGAUCAGUUAAAUGAGGCUGUAAAUUACAUAAAUCAUCUUCAGGGGAACAUCAAGGAUAUGAGUUCCAAGAGAGAUGACCUCAUGUUAUUGUCUGGACAAAGCUUUGAGAGUAGAAAUGAACUUAGGAGUGAUAAUUCGAAUCAUGUCGUGAUUCGUCCAUGUUUUGUCGGCGUAGAAAUCGUUUUCAGCGUUCUGCAAACGCCGUUGUCAAGCGUGCUGCAUGUGCUUUCUGAACAUGGUCUCUGUGUUCUUAACUGCAUCUCCUCCAAUGUGAAUGGAAGACUCAUUCACACUUUACAGGCUGAGGUCAACGAUCUGGCUUUGGUGGACUUUGCAGAGCUUAAGAUAUACUUACUACGCUUACCCUAAUGAAGUAAACUUUCCUUAGCGAAUUGUUUUAACUCUUGUCAAACCCAAAACGCUGUAUAUAGCUAGUUUCUUUGUACUUGUACUGUGUAUUUGUAUGUAUCUGUGUGUUUGCAGAUUUUGAAAUAGGGAAAUAAAUGUAUUUACCUAUUUAAAAAGAUCUACGUGUUAAUCUUUUACCAACCGCUUGUGUUACACAACGAUCACAGUGUGUUACACACGAGUUCGAGAGAAAGAAUAAGAUAGACGUUUCAGGCUUAUAAACUUUUCUGAAAAUACUUUUGUAUUAUUGAGAUUCGGUGAUAUGUUUACAACAGAUGAUUGAUCUUUAUAUAGAGAUCGAAUCAAUACAAGUAUAAGAGACACAA